GCGCUCCAUCGCUGUCAUCAGUACACAUUCAGCAUCUUCCGGGGGGCGCGCGGAAAAACGCGAGGAGGACGACGGAGAAAGAGACAGGAAGAGAGAGAGAGAAAGCGCGCGCGCAAGGGAGAGGAGACAUACUGCUUAAAGGCUACGACAAAAAAAAAACAAAAAAAAAACAAAAAAAAACACGAUGAUAAUGGAGUCAAGGCGGUGGAGGAUGUCGGAUUUACGGGAAAGGACUGUUGAAAUUUGACAGAGGGCUCGUGUCAAAGAGAGCGUUUCAUUUUUGAUUUUCCGUCUUCUUCUUCUUCAUUUGAUUUCCACACGCUUGCGUGGACGCUAGAGAAGCGAACAGCAGAGGAACAGGAGCACCCCCACGAAUGCCUCGGAAGGUAAAAACGGGCUCUACCGCUGGCGCCACAGGCACCAUCUCAUCCCCCGGAUGGUGAUAAAGGACAUCCCGAAGAAAAGCUCCGGACUGAUGGAUGAGGAGGAACAUCAGCUUUAGCCCCCCCUCACCCCCACCAUCCACCUGACGAUUGGGAAAGGAAAUAAAUCCUAUUCUGAUGGAUUUUCUUUAUAUUUUUUCCUUUAUUUUUCUUUUUCCUUUUUGUUUUGUUAAUCAUUUAUUGUGUAGCCCCAAGGAAAAACCAGCAAUGUUGAAUCACUGGUGUUGGUAAAUUAUUCAUCAGAGGUAGAAGUAGGCUAUGAUUUUCUAUUGCUUUAAUGUAGCAUUCCUUACAUUUCAUUUUUUAUUUUUGUAACGUAUUGUCUUCUUCAUAUACAUAUUUUCAGGUCCCAUAAUUUUUUAGGCCCAUUCCAGAGACAGAGAGAGAGAGAGAAAGCCAAAGCGGGGGAAAUCUUAGCGCAAAGAGAGCUUUGGGAUAUUUAUGUGUCAAAUCUGUGUGGUGGGGUUUCUACAUAUUCAUAUAAUUUUUCUUGUAAGAGUAAAGAAAGACAGAUUAAAGGUGUAAAAGUCGGGGAAAAACAGCAAACAUGUUGCCUUCCCAAGAAGCCUCCAAGAUCUACCAUGACAACUACAUGCGCAACUCCCGGGCCAUCGGGGUUCUGUGGGCCAUCUUCACCAUCUGCUUCGCCAUCGUUAACGUGGUGGUGUUCAUCCAGCCCUACUGGAUUGGCGACAGCGUCAAGACGCCGCACAUCGGCCACUUCGGCCUUUUUCACUACUGCGUGGGCAGCGUGCAGGCGUCCAGCCGGGACCUCACCUGCGUGGGCAGCUUCUCCGACUUCGGCUCCAUCCCGUCGGGAGCCUUCAAGGCCGCCUCGGUAUUCGUGCUCCUGUCCAUGGUGCUGACCCUCAGCUGCAUCGCCUGCAUGGCGCUCUUCUUUUUCUGCAACACCUCCACCGUUUACAAGACCUGUGCCUGGAUGCAGCUGCUGUGCGGAGUGUGCCUGGUGCUGGGCUGCAUGAUCUUCCCUGACGGCUGGGAUGCGGAGGUGAUCCGGGAUAUGUGUGGGGAGCAUUCAGGGAAAUACUCUCUGGGUGACUGCUCAGUACGCUGGGCCUACAUGCUGGCCAUCAUGGGCAUCCUGGACGCCCUCAUCCUCUCCUUCCUGGCCUUCGUCCUGGGAAACCGGCAGACAGACUUCUAUCUGGAUGAUCUGCAGACAGACAACAAAGAUUUUGCUGUUUCGAGGAUUGAGGUACGAGACAGAAGAGAGCCGCGAUACGGAGUGCAACGUCUUCACUGAGGGCAGCAAUGGCACCGAACAACUUCUGUUUAUCUCUUUCUCUUCUCUAUCUCUCCGCCCUCUAUCCUUCUUUCCUAUCCAAUGAUCAGGAUAUCACCCAAUUUCAAUGCAGACACCCCGUGUAUAGGAUUGUGUAAGAUAAAAAAAAAAAACAGCUACAACAAACACGAGGAUAAACUAUAUUUUGAAAAAAAAAAAAAAAACAAGGUUGUACAGUGCAUUUAACGCUCAACUUUCUCAACAAAUACCUUUAUGAUGAAAAAUAUUUACUGUAUUUAAAGUCUUGAGUUUUUUUGUUUUUUUUUUGUGUGAGAACUCCGAUCCUUAAGAUGAAGAACCAUAAUGUCCGUUUUACAGCUGUUUAUUUAAAGUGUCGCUAUUUACUGACUUUGAGUUUGUGUGGUGUGUACAUUCAAAGCAUCAAACAACAGAUAAGUGGUACUCCGCGCACAGUUACAGAGUCAUGACUCGCAAUAUACCAGAACGUUCCAUUACUACACGUAAAAAAAAAAUUAAAAAUAAACCACAGGGACUCAUAUGGCUCUUCAUCUAAGGACUUUUAAAUGUGAAGAAUUUAAAGGAGUACCCCAUUGCAGCUUUACAGAAUUUAACAUCUCUGGGAGAUUCUCUACUGUACAUACUAAACAAUGUAAAUAACAUAACUGCUGACGUGAACAGCCGACGACAAAACCUCAUCUGACUCCGAUGCAUUCGAGUAUAGUAUUUCUACCCUCCGUUUCCGUGUUCCUCGUGCUGGAAGGGCAUCUGAGUAUACGUUCGUUCGGAUUUGCUGUGUUCCUUCGAUUCCCCACUACUGAUUUCGUGGGAUCACACAGAUGGGAAUAACACAGAUCUCAUAGCUGGAAGAUCCACAGAGAAGCAGAGCACCGUGACUCGGAAUAAUUGUGUUUGAUCACCAUUUAUUUUUUUAUUUUUUUUGAGGGGGUAAAAAAAAGAGACACUACUCCUGCGUCAACGUGGCCUCAAAAGAAGCUGCUUAUUGUAGAUUUCCACCCUCUAGUAUGUUGUCAAUUUUACCGUUGACUUUAGCUGCAACUGUCAUGUCGAAGAAUCUUUUAUUUGUGUUUCACUUGUUUGUGUCAUCUCACAAUCCCCCCCUCUCUUCAGUGUGCAGUUUACUCCAGUUUAUGGUUCCAGCAUACAGUGAUCAGUUUACGCUACAGAUGUCUUAAGACUGUGUGAAUAUGACUGCUAGUGCUGGCCCCAAGUGCUGCAUUAAGGCGAUGUCACAUAUGCCUCUUUAAAACAGAAAAUCCCCGGUGGGACGACCAUCUGCUAUAAAAAAAAAAGUUUAGAAUUUAAGUAAUAAUGAAAAAACACUAGUGCUGCAAAAAAGACAAAGGUAAGCACUUCCUGAAAUCAAAGCAUUUUAACACUCCAGUGUAGUUCUUCAGGAAUAAGGAAAAAAGGCGAAUGAGUGAAUGUGCUAAACUUGAUUUUAAAUUUUCAAUACAAUUACUAAAGCGAUGGCUUGGAUUUCUUUCUUUUUUUUUUUUUUAAGUGAAGUACUGUGAAGUUAUCAGUAAUAUACUUAAAGUAAGAAAAUGAGUGUUUAUUUGAAUAUUUCUUUAUCGUAGAUAUGCUUCUAGGCCAUAAUUUCCUUUAAUCUAAUUAAUUUUCCCUUUAAAUUGUACCAUAUUUGGAAAUAAAAGGCACUUUAGGGUUGAGCAUCAGAGCUCUAUAUGUGGGUUACGCCAUGAAAAGCUGGCCAAGUCCUUUACGCUACGGGCAUGAAGCUUAUUUUGUUACUGUCUGCAGUUCGGCUUCCAUUAAUGCACUGAAAGAUUGAAGUUUGAACAAACAAGACAUACAGUGUAUUUGUAGCUUACCAAUUUAAAACAAGGACCUCAACAACAACAACAGCAGCCUUGUAAAUCCUUGUUAAGCUGGAUGCCAGCUUGGUCAGACACUGCUGUGGGAUGGCAUCUGAUUCCUCAAGUAGCCAUUAUCACCAGUCAGCCAGUGUUGGUUGUAUUGGUCACCUUGGCGAUAACGGGACGCCCCGGCUGAUCCUACAGGUGUUUGCAUUGCAGGCAGACCAUUAUAUCCUCUCCUCUCCCAGAUUCUAGAGGUAUUUUCUGGUAAAUCUGCCUCUGGAGUAGCCUGGUAAAAAAACAGCCCUUUGCGAAACAAUUGUCCGUUGAGAAACGAUUGUUUCCUGGAGGCUGUGGACUCUGUUGAAGUUUAAAAUUUUAACCAACUGCCAACGUUUGGCUGUGACAUAUGUAAUCUGCCAGUUCUAUGCUAUGAAGAUUACUGGAAAUGACCUGCUCUGUAACCAACCAUUCUCCACUGUGAAGAGAGAAAUGCUGUACUGUUAAUACUAAUUCAAUAUUUGGGUUGGCGUUAGCUAGUUAGUUGCUACAGCUACUGUCAGACUACAACUCUAAAACAGCACAGAAAAUCAACCUUAUCAUUCACAACUUCUUCGGUUCGCUGUUUGGCCCGGCAGAAACUGCCGGAGCUGUUAGCAAAAUCUGAAUUUAGAGGAAUAAUGCAAGAAAGCAAUGGCUGGGCUAAUUCUGGAGGUAAGCGUUGACAUUUCGGAGGAUAGAAUUUGAUCCCCAAGAGGGAAGAUGUGGAGAUUUUCUCUGAUUUUUAAAUAGCAUUUUGAUAUUUCUCUUCACUGAGAUUGCCUUUAACUAUGACAAGCCUUGGUUUUCCAGUGAGGGUCAUGCUGCCCUACACCAUACACACUGCCUCCAUCAGAAAUAGGUUGGCCUUGGCUGAGUAGCAUAGAGAACGUUAUCAUGAGUGUGACGCAGGUACUCAACUCUACAACAGUUUAGGGGGGAAAAAUACCAAGAAUCUUUAUGUAAAAAAAAAACAAACAAUGACCAAACAUAAAUCUUCUUACUAACUGACCUGUUUAGUUCAUUACCUAUUGUAGACAUUACCUUCUAUUUCAAUUAGUCUAUUUCAACUUAUCUGAGCCACUGAAGGCUUGCAGCUAGCCUGGCGGAUUAGACUUAGAUAACUUUCACUAUUUAAAACAACAAAACAAACUACAGUAGUUUAAUCUGUGGGAUGCAAAGCUGCUAUAGAGGACAUUAAAUGCUACAGUUUCACAAGUUACUAUUCUCUUUUUUUUCACCUGAGCAAUGUGUUUCUGCGCUAAAGUUACAUUGGUUGAGGUCGUUGGAUGAGACAUUGGGACCCGUCAACUCUUUUAAGAGGGAAGUUAUUCAUUACAAGAAAUAAACAUUACUGACUUCUGAAUAUGUAUCAGUUAAUAUCUGCUAAUGUAGCACUGCAUCACAUGGUCACAUUAUUUAUUUUAUUUCUAUAAUUAGCUACAGUGGGUGAAGACCUUUCUUAAUAGCUCCUGGCCUUCCUCUGCUAACUGCUGUUAUAUGACAUCUAUACCACAAAGGCAACAAACUGAUAACUUACAGAGGCUCACAGAUUCAAGCUAUCGCCUUAUGAGGGAAAAAAUACAUUUUAACACAACAUUUAGGCAAACACUGAUAAAUUAGCUCAUUUUAAACAUUUUGCAUCAAGUCCUGUUUUUCUCCCAUCAUCUUUAUUUAUGAAUAUUAGUGAAACACAAGAUGGUAUUAACAAAGUAACUAAGUAAAAAUUCCACUCCCUCAUUUUUAAACUUUUUACUAAAUGAUUGUUUUUCGACACUCCCAUUGUUUCCAAGUUAUUUAGAUUCAGAAAUCCUGCUAGGAACGACUUAUAUUCAGCUAACCAGGGCAUGUGUUUGUGAGGACAACACAUUAAAUGCUACCUACACUUCCUUUAGUAAACAUGUUACUCAAAACAUGAACAUGUGAACUUCAAACUGUGGAGGCUGUGAUGCUAGAACUGAGCUGAAGAGGCAAAUCCAAAUAAACAGUUUUAACUUUCCUUAAAGAGUGUUGGCUACUCUCAUGACGUUGGAAAUAUCCAAAAUGGUUUUGAACACAAAAUAUUAUCUUAGAGUGUGUCAAACUGGCGGUAGAUUUUAUGUAGAGGAUGGUUAGGACUUUUCUACCUUAAGAGAAAUUUCCAGAUUUUUUAUCUGUAAUUUUGCAUUUGGCUGUGAACUUAAAGCUUUAAAAAAUCUUUGAUGUGAUUGUGAGCUGACCUUUCUGUUAGUAACGGUCAUGAACCGGUAUGAGAUCCUCAGGGUAUUUGAACCUUGAGGAAAAUAAAAAUGUCAGGCAUUACGCAAAAUUGAAAAAUAAAGUAGAUUUUAUUUAACACAGAAACAAUUUAUUAUAUCACUCCUUCAAAAAAAAAAUUAUAAUUGAGUAUUAAAUUAGAAUAGUUAUCCAUUAUUUUGAAUGUGCUUAUUCAACAACAUGUUAUUCAUUUUUGACUUUCUGCUCUUUACGAAGAACAUAAGUGCAAAAAUCUGAUAUUAGCCGGUUUAUUUAGUAAGGAUAUCAAAUUGUUUAGAGAUAUAUUAGAUAUGCAACUCGUAGCUCGCCAACUGAAGUUUAAAACAGUUUCAGAGGAAUGAUUGGAGAAACUCCGUUAGGUCCAAGCUGCUAAUACUGGCAGCGAUCUAAACAACCAGAUCUGUCUUUUGUGUUGUUACAAAGGCAAGGUGUACUGGGCCUUCUUUGGCUCAGGAGUGUGCAGCAACAGGUGGGGGAGGGGGAGUGUCGUGCGAUUCUAUUCUCCAUACAGCCAGACUAAGCUUACAAUGGUCUGGUAGUUUCUCAGCCUUAAACUUUUAACACCAGUGUAAUGAAACAUGUUAGUACUUUGUGAAACUGGUUAAUCCCAAAUCACAAGUUGGUUCUCUGGAUGAAUCAACACUUGAUGUGGCUUCAAAUGUUGAACUUUUCUGAAAUCUAGAAUAUGUGUCGAACUUAAGAAAUAUAAGCAAAUGGCUUUUUUUCUUUUUUACCUCCAUGUGUUUUAGAAAGUCCGUUUGAUGGGAUUAUUGAUUCUUUAGAACCUUUGAGCUUAUUGGUCUGAAAUUUCCCCAAAGACCUGCAGACCACACACUGUCCUCUGGGAUAACCGCCAGAUAUUUCCUGCGUUAUCCAUGUAGCUGUGACAUUAAACUGGUUGCUACCCUCUCUGAUAGAUUGGAUGAUUUCACAUCCUGGUCUAGAGACCUGAUGGGUUCCAAAUGAUCAGUUUGCACAAGAACAAAGGAGGUACGGUAGUUUGUUAGUGUUCAUCAAAUGAAUGUGUGGUCAUUUGAACAAAAAGGCAUUACCUGCUUUACAUUACUAGCUGCCGGUGAGAGCAUUGUUUUCUUUUGUCUAAGAUCAAUUACUGUACCUGCUGGCCAAAUGAUGGGCUCUUUAUGCUUUAGCUGCUUCAUAUUUCUCCACUGUUUGCUGUGGUUCUGGUGACCACAGGAUUCUACCAUGACAAACUGUGGUUGCACAAUAUGACAAAGCAGUCUGCUGUAAUCCAGGGCACCAUGGGGGAUUUUUAUCCCUCUCAGAGGAACCCUUCAGGCUGACACACUGUAACUGAAACUCCCAAAGCUUGGCUUAAGUCAUGACAGGAAUAAAAUUAGCUGUGUGCAUGGAUAAUUGUUUUAUAUGAGAAACUGACUUGCUGUGCCCAAGUAAAGGAAAGGUACAAUCAAACCAUAAACCCUCCUAAGUAGAUAAAAGAUUUUUACCAAGCUGUCGAAUAAUGAGCUUUUGGUUUCUACACUGGGCCAAAUCACAAACAGAGAACACCCUCCAUGAAGGACCCUGUUACUGUUAGAACUAACUUUAAUCAAUGUCAUGAGUUGCUAGGGACGCAUUUUUUAUUGGGGUUUUUUUCAGUAAGGUUUUGAAGGGUGUGUAUGAGCAGUCAAUGUCUCACUGGCAGUAGAUAGUGGUUUGAGAAAUCCAUGAUUGGAGAAUAUUUGCAGACUUCCCAAAAAACUGCAACAGCUGUGGAAAUGUUUGGAACAUUCAGUUAUUAGUUUACUGCCACUCAGUUAACUAAGUAGUGGAAUAGCAGUCAUCUUAUUUAGCCAAAAAAAAAAAAAAAAACCCUUCUUCUUUUCAAAGAUGGUGUAAUCUAGAGGUGUGGAAGUGUUUUAAUGAACGACUCCAAUAUUUUUGGUGUAAAUAAACAAUUGCUUGGCAGUUAGCUUGGCUAGUCCAAAAAAAUGUUCCAUUUUUCUUUUCAAAGAUUGGAGGUGUGAAGGUGCUUAAUAAACCAAAAACAGGGAGUUAGUUACUUGCAUAAACUUGCAUUAAUUUCCUACUCAACAUCCUGUCUUGAGUCUGAUCUGGCCACUGUCUACUCCAGUUAAGACAUCUGGGAACUGUAGUCCAUGACUGCUGACACAUUCACUGGGGGGAAAGUCCAAAACUCAGAUUUUUCUCUCAUGAAGAAUUUCAACCAACCUUUAAAAGUUGACUAAUUUAUAAAUGCAGGACAAGAUGCCCACCGACUGAACCAAUUGGAUAUCGGUUCACUUGGUUCAUUUGCAGUGGAUUCCAGUGCAUUCCUUUACUAUACAUAGAUUAAGCAGAUAGCUAGAUGUACAGUGUCUUUUUAGAAUGGUAGCUAGCUAAUUCUCAGGAAGCUGUGUACUAAGUACUGUAUUAAAGGCUCAUUAUGGAAGUUACAAACAAACCAAGUCAAAAAUAAGAGUGACUUGAUGAGGUCAUCAUUUAAAUGACGCGUUGCUUCACUCUGGCUCUUCUGAUGAAGUGUAGACUAGAUUAGCACUGAAGAUAUUUUUCUUUCUGGGCCUUUAAGACAAUAUGAUAACAGCCCUUAUGCUGAAUCUAAUGAUGCUGUCUAUGGAGGCUCUGCACAGACCCCUGGCCUGUCAACCCACUGUCAUACUGGGCCCUCAUUUAAGAGACGUUUAUUUCUGUUUUACCUUGAAUUACCUGUGCAAACAUAAAAAAAUAAAUAAUAAUAAUGAUAAAAAAAACAUUUGCAGUGAAACUCAACCAUACUCAUACUUGCUUUUGAUGUUUGUUUAGUUAUCUGAGCAGAAUUGGUUUACUGUUCCAUACGAAGUUUCUCACACAUUGUAGCGUGCAUCUGUCAUUUGUUUUGGGAGGGUUUUUUUCCACAGGCCCAGGACAUGAUUUCAUACCAUAUUAACAGUUAGAAUAUAAAGAAAACAUAGCCCUGAGGUCUACGUGGUCAUGCGAGGCAUCCAAGAAUCAGUACCUGUACGAUCGUCGUUCUGGUCUUUUUUCUGGGUACUUUGGUUCCUGAGGACUUGACAAUGAACCUAUGGGGAAAAAAAAAAGAACCUUAAAAAGGAACUGAAAAUACCUUAACCCUGAUGAGCACAUAUUUGUACCACUCCAGGUGCCUCUAAGAACUCUUGAAUUAAUUCUGACGUGGUGCAGAACCAGCAAAACAAGUAGUGACACGGUAGUUUUUUUUUUCUACUACAGACUGAGCUCUGAAACUAGAUGGCUUAUUUGUAAAUCUGAGGUCAAUUCAGUUUCAAACCAUGAAAUUAAGACAAAGUCGAAUUACUUACCUUACUUUAUGGAGACAUUUUGAUAUAUAAAACGUAGAAGUAAAAAUCUUAUAUUUUCAUUUUCAAUUGUCAAUUGGACUCCAAAGCUGAAUUCGCCUCAGUCUAGAACUGUGGGAUCAUUUAACGAUGUGAAAAAGACUGAGGGUGUUAAGAGUCAGUGAGAAGUCAUUUCUGAUUUCUAGCUACAAACAAAAUGUUUGUGGAUUAUGUAAAUGUCAUGGACAUGUCAAUGAUUUAUCUUUUUAUCAUGCAAUAUCAUAUAUAAAGAUGUAUUGUGAGGGGCGGGACAGAUUGGGAACAAAAAAAAAAAAAAAGAAUAAUGUUCAGUGAUUUAUGUUAUCUGAAAUGCAGAUGUUGCCAAAAUAC